UCGCCAUUCCGCCUCCACCCUGCUGCCCCGCAGCAUCUCGCUGACACCACCACGACCGCAACCGCGGCGCCGCGCUCCGAUCACCUCCUGCGUUUGCUGCCGGCGGUGUGCGUUCCGAUAGCUGGAGAUCUUCGCUGGUAGCUUAACUUAGCUCCGGGAGAGAAGAGCCGCCGGCCGCGAAGAUGAUGAUGAUGAGCGGUCGCGCGGGCGGCGGGGCCGGCGCGGGGCGGUACCCGUUCACGGCGUCGCAGUGGCAGGAGCUGGAGCACCAGGCGCUCAUCUACAAGUGCCUGGCGUCCGGCAAGCCCAUCCCGCCCUACCUCAUGCCCCCGCUCCGCCGCAUCCUCGACUCCGCCCUCGCCACCUCCCCGUCCCUCGUCUUCCCGCCGCAGCCCUCGCUGGGGUGGGGCUGCUUCGGGAUGGGGUUCAGCCGGAAGCCCGACGAGGACCCGGAGCCCGGGCGGUGCCGGCGGACGGACGGCAAGAAGUGGCGCUGCUCCAAGGAGGCCUACCCGGACUCCAAGUACUGCGAGAAGCACAUGCACCGCGGCAAGAACCGUUCAAGAAAGCCUGUGGAAAUGUCCCUUGCCACGCCGGCGCCAUCCUCCAACGCCACCUCCGCCAACAGCGCCACCGCCAACACCACUACGACCUCGUCCCCCGCGCCCACCUACCACCGCCCGGCACCCGCCGCCGCGCAUGACGCGGCACCGUACCACGCGCUGUAUGGCGGCAGCCCUUACGCGGCCUCCGCCCGCCCCGCUGGCGCGUACCACGCGGCGGCGCAGGUGAGCCCCUUCCACCUCCACCUGGACACCACCCAUCCGCAGCCGCCGCCGUCGUACUACUCCGUGGACCAGAGGGACUACGCCUACGGGCACGCCGCGAAGGAGGUCGGCGAGCACGCCUUCUUCUCCGACGGCACGACCGAGAGGGACCGCCAGGCCGCGGGGCAGUGGCAGUUCAAGAAUCUGGGCGUGGAGCCGAAGCCGAGCGCCACGUCGCCGUUCUCGGUCGGCGGGUACGGGAACGGCGCGGCGACGGCAUACGCCGUUGAUCUGACCAAGGAAGAGGACGAGGAGGAAAGGCGGCGCCAGCAGCAGCAGCACUGCUUCGUGCUGGGGGCCGACCUGCGGCUGGAGAGGCCGUCGGGCCACGACGCCGCCCCCGCGCAGAAGCCGCUCCGGCCCUUCUUCGACGAGUGGCCGCACGAGAAGGCAAACAAGGGCGGCUCCUGGAUGGGGCUCGACGGCGAGACGCAGCUCUCCAUGUCCAUCCCCAUGGCCACCAACGACCUCCCCAUCACCUCCCGGUACCGUAAUGAUGACUGAGACCAGCGUUGUCUGAUUGCGGCUAGACGAGAGGCUGAGGCCAGAUCAACCUGGAACACAAACUACGGCUGCUUUCCAGACGUGUUGAUCCUGAGAUGUACGGUUCUGCUAAAGGCCAGUACAGUUCGAUGAAGUUGAAAGACCUAAACGGCUAAACCUCCUAAGAAUGAACUUUCUUUUUCUCCAUUUUAUUCUCUUACGCUAUGUUGCUUGUAGUUUUACACUUCACUGUAAUGCUUCUGAUGUGUUUAGUUAUGAUGAGGUUAGCAGAGGUGAGGCCUUUCUGAUUUCUGAAGUGUUUUGCCUCUGUUCUGUUCUUGUCAGUGCCAUGUAAUAUCUUGGGAGCGAGCUGAGAUCAGUUCUGGAUUUCCCUUU